AAUGAAAAUUCUGUAGAGUAAUUUUGUGAUAAUUGAUUUAACAAUAUAAAUAUAUUACCUUUGCAAGUAAAUCAUAAUUUUUUUUUAAUAAUUAUUGCGGCUGUUGGUGCCUGUCCUUUUGGACUGCAGGGGCAGUCUAUAGUGGCCCAGAUUUUCCUUAGCUGCUUUUGGGCCCAAAUUUUAAAUGCCCCACAUAGGAUGAAAUUUGUGACAUAUGUGGUGAUGCUGGUUUUGACAAUGCAUUAGCUACUUGCUCCAGUUGCUGUAGUCAUGAACAUGGUUAUUGCAUGCCGGUUCUUCUCCAUGAUAUUCCAGAAGAUUGGAUUUGUAAAUCAUGUUUGUCAAGUGGGAUGGUAUUGCCAGAAGCUGGUGGGAAGGACAUCACCAUGAGAACCAUGACAAUAUAUUGCUCUGAAAUGACUACAGCAGGUGGUAAGUCCCAAGCUGUUGCUGAACAAAAGAACUCUGAUGUUGAAAAAAGCAAGUUGGUGAAUAUUUUACCUAUAUUCAAGCUAUACUGUGAUUAUCUCCCUACUUCACAUGGUACUUGGAAGGGAGGAUUUUUUGUUACUAAUUCUACACCUAAAAACUUUCUUGGUGGGUUCAAGGCUCAACUUCCACCCUCCAUCAGUCGUAGAGCCUCUGAGUUUUCAGGAGAAAUGCCUCUAGUCCUUAGUGUUGAGUUGCUUCCUCAAUCCCAAAUUUUGGCAGAUCUUUUUCAGAAUGAUUGUCCUGAUCUUCGUGACAUUGCUCUAUACUUUUCCCCUGAUGAUAAUAUUGAGAGUUCCAAAGAGCACGCUGCCUCCCUGUUUGAGCAGAUGGAGGUCCAAAAUUCAUUGAUGAGAAGCUCCUUUAAUGGUGUGGAGUUGCUGAUAUUUACAUCAAAACAGCUUCAUGUGGACUCGCAGAAUGUUAUUGCAAGGUUGGAAGCAAAAUACCAGUUUUGGGGAGUCUUUCGCCCUGUAAAAGAUAAUCAUACUCUUGACAAGGGAGAUGCAGAACCCCCUCCAGUCAUGUCUUCUGUGGAACACGCACACAAUGACCGUGUGAGCAUGGAUGAUAGUGAGGCAGUUGAUAUGGAAAUUGAUAUGGCAGGUGGAGAGAAUGUGGGGAGAGUUGAUAUGGUUGUUUCAAGAUAUGCAUCCAAGAGACAUUAUGAACUCACUUCUAAUUCUGGGAGUAACUUGCGUAGGUUAGCUAGAAAUACUUCAACUAUUUCGAAGUAUUUGAUUUCUAGUAGUGAACAAUUAAUAUUAGGGUAUAAACAAGGGGUUAAAAGUAGAAUUGAGAUUGCUUUUGAGCCCCACUUGCACAGCUCAAAUAGGAAGGUUUCAAUGCGGUGGACCAAGAUGUCAUUCCUCCGGGAUUUGAGAAAGUUUUAAGACAAAACUGAGAGAUAGUAUACAAUACUACAAUCAUAGAGGAAAAUCCUGCAGUAACAUUCAAGAUAAAGUUCAGUUGAUGGGGGAAGAUAUGGCAGCUGUAGCAGAGAAAUAUGAACUGGGGAUGUAUUAUGCUGAGAAGGAAUUUGAGUGAGCAGGGCUUCUUUCAAGCAUGACCAAAUGCUUUAACCAGUUUGGCUUUGAAAUUUGUCCUUAUGGCAUGGAAAGAACUUCACACGUAUACUUGUAGGUGUUAGUUGAACUUGUUAGCAACAUGGUAAAUCUGUAAAUGCCUGUAAGAUUUCAUGAUAUAGUCAAAUGAUUUGAGGCCUGGACUCUUGGACUGAUUAGGGCACCUGCAAAGUGUUCAUUAUAACUUUGCUUUUACCAUGCCAUUACAAUGUGAAUGUUGCAUGCUUGCUGCAAAUGACAGAGCCAAAUUCCUAAGAUUGAGAUCAGUUGCUUAUUAUAUCCCAAAAAAAAAAAAAAAAA